CACCUCUUCUCAGAAUGAGGUUUCUGGCCUUCAGUCUUGUCUUAAUGGCAUGCUGUAGUGCUGUUCGGUUUGAGAGACGUCGUUUCAGACCCUUAGUCCUUAGGAGGCAAAAUGUGACUGCAGUUCAAACCAAAGUCGAGAACCCUUGCAAAGCCAUUCCUCUGGACUUUUUCUUUGUCAUUGACAGUUCUAGAAGCAUUCGCCCUCAUGACUACGAGAAGGUCAAAACCUUUAUCAUCAAUUUGCUUCAGUUCCUGAAGGUUGGACCUGAUGACACCAGGGUUGGACUGCUCCAGUAUGGCAGCAUUGUCCAGCCUGAGUUCUCUCUCAAAACCUAUUCCACCAAGGCUGAGGUGGAGCAAGCAGUGAGGAACAUGGAGCACCUCGCCACAGGGACGAUGACUGGUCUGGCCAUUCAGUACACCAUGGAAACUGCCUUCACGGAGGAAGAAGGAGCACGUCCAGCGAGUUUUAACAUCCCACGAAUUGCCAUGGUUGUGACUGAUGGAAGGCCUCAGGACACAGUGGAGGGGAUUGCGGCUGAGGCAAGGCAGGCGGGGAUCCAGAUCUUUGCUAUCGGUGUAGGUCGGGUGGACAUGAACAUUUUGAAGGCUAUUGGGAGUGAACCACACUCGGAGCAUGUGCACCUGGUGGCCAAUUUCAGCCAGAUAGAAACACUCACAUCUGUGUUUCAGUCCAAACUUUGUGGAGGUUCAGAGGUGUGUCAAGUAGUGGACCAUCAGUGCCAACAUAUCUGUGUGAGCAGCCCUGCUUCAUACAGGUGUCAGUGCAGAAAAGGCUUCGUCCUUAACCCGGAUGGAAAGACAUGUAAAGAGGUUGAUCACUGUGCUGAUGGCAGCCAUGGCUGUGAACAGGAGUUCAUGAACACUGAAGACUCCUGUGUGUGUAGAUGCAGAGAAGGAUACACACUGAGAGAGGAUGGGAAAACAUGUCAGGUGAUUGAUCACUGUGCUGAUGGUACCCAUGGCUGUGAACAGGAAUUCAUUAACACUGAAGACUCCUGUGUGUGUAAAUGCAGAGUAGGAUACACACUGAGAGAGGAUGGGAAAACAUGUCAGAAGGUUGAUCACUGUGCUGAUGGCACACAUGGCUGUGAACAGGAGUUCAUGAACACUGAAGACUCCUGUGUGUGUAAAUGCAGAGAAGGAUACACACUGAGAGAGGAUGGAAAAACAUGUCAGAAGGUAGAUCACUGUGCUGAUGGCACUCACGGCUGUGAGCACGAUGUUUUCAACUCUGAAGACUCCUGUGUGUGUAAAUGCAGGGAAGGAUACACACUGAGAGAGGAUGGAAAAACAUGUCAGAAGAUCGAUCACUGUGCUGAUGGUACCCAUGGCUGUGAACAGGAGUUCAUGAACUCUGAAGACUCCUGUGUGUGUAAAUGCAGAGAAGGAUACACACUGAGAGAGGAUGGGAAAACAUGUCAGAGUUUGGAUCUAUGUCAGACAGUGGACCACAGCUGUGAACAUUUGUGUGUCAACACCAAUCAUUCCUACAUCUGCAGAUGUUUUGAAGGUUUUAUUUUAGCUGAGGAUGGAAGAAACUGCAAAAAACUGGAGUGCAGUGAUGGAAUCAUGGAUCUGGUUUUUAUCAUCGACGGCUCCAAGAGCCUUGGCCCCGUCAACUUUGAGCUGGUCAAACAGUUUGUCAACAGCAUCGUGGACUCUUUGGACAUCUCCGCCACAGGCACACACGUUGGUCUGCUCCAGUACUCCACCAAGGUCCGGACAGAGUUUACUCUGGGCCAGUACACUACAGUACAGGGUGUAAAGCAGGCAGUGACCAGGAUGCAGUACAUGGGCAAAGGAUCAAUGACUGGAUCGGCCUUACGUCACAUGUUCCAGUCCAGUUUUUCUGCCAAAGAAGGGGCCAGACCUGACGUUCAGAGAGUCUGCAUUGUGUUUACAGAUGGAAGAUCUCAGGAUGACGUUUCAGAGUGGGCAGCUAAAGCCAAGAAUUCUGGGAUCACCAUUUAUGCCUUGGGUGUUGGCAAAGCCAUCGAGGAAGAGCUGAGAGAGAUCGCUUCAGAGCCUGGUGAAAAGCAUUUUUAUUAUGCUGAGGGUUUUGAGAAGAUGGGAGAAAUUACCAAGAAGCUGAAAAGCAGGAUAUGUAAAGAAAAAUCCCCAAACCAGUGCCUGUGUGAAAACAUAAUCAAGUUUCAGAACCGGGUCAGUGAGAAGUUGAUAAACCUGAUGCAGAAUAUUGAAACCAUAUCUGAGAAAAUGAAGACACUUGAAUACCAACUUGUGCACAAAUGAAAUGAAGAAAC